AUUUGUAUAAUUGUAGAUUAUCAACAACUGCACAAAAGUACAUGCUUUAUGAAAGUAUGAAUAGAUAUGUACUCUAUGUGCUAUACUAUGUACUUCUUUGUAUUAAAGCAGCAAUGUGACGUAAUGAAUUCACCAUAAGUCAUAACCGGACCAGUUAAUUGAUUUUUUUAUACAAUUAUUUGUGUUUUUGCACUCGUUUCGCUCAUUGGCUUUACUUUGGAUUAUUUGGCGAAAAUUGAAAGUUACACUAAAUGUAUUAUUUUGCCUUGUACCAAAAAUGGGUGAAUUGAGCUUAGCUGUAACAAUCAAUAGCUUUAAACUUAACCAACGCAACGAUGGUCAAACGCGUUUCAGCCUGCGCAAGAGACGGAGUGCUAAUUUUGCCAGCUAUCUAACUGUUUCAAUCAAAUAUCAUUUGUUGUGUGUCUAAAUGGUUGCUCAUUUACGUUUUCUGAUAGCAGUAUGUCUUAUUGCGCUGAUUUUGACUGAGAUAGCGGCCACGGAAACGCGCCGAUAUACGCCAUUUCCUAUCAAUACCAGCAUUCAAUCUGCUACUGCUGGUAAUAAUGGGGUAAAACUGCUCGCUGGUGUACAAAACAUUCCUUCGCUAAUUGUAACGCCAACAGCGCCACAAAUCCCACUGGACUAUACACAACACAAAUCGCGUCGGUUCUAUGAAAAUGUGCCAUUGCCCAGCGGUGGCGAUAUUAGUGCAGCUUUUGCCGGAAAUGACGUCGUUGAGCCGCCAACCGAAGCGGAUGGUAGUAAACCGUUCCAGGUUGUGAACGAGUGGAAGUAUUUAGAUUUCGAAUAUCCGACCUAUGCACAACGUCAACGAGCCAUCGCAAAACGCGAGUUUGUGCCAGAAAAUAAUUUGCCUUUGGGUAUAGAUGUUUAUGGUGAACGCAUGUUUAUAACCACACCCCGUUGGAAGGACGGCGUACCCGCAAGUCUCAGCUAUUUACCGUAUCCGCCCAAGGAGCGUAGUCCUGCCUUACGACCCUAUCCGGAUUGGAGCGCUCACAGCGAUGUCGAACAACCCGACUGCGCUAAACUUAUAUCAGUGUAUCGUUCCUCAAUUGACCCGUGCGGACGCCUAUGGGUUAUUGAUUCGGGCAUAGUGAAUGCCACUAAUAAUUUAAAUCAGAUUUGUCAACCUAAAAUAGUGGCUUUUGAUUUGGCCACCGAUAAAAUGGUUGUAAGCUUUACGCUGCCACCGGAUCAAGUCAAAGAAGAUUCAUUGCAUUCAAAUAUUUUAGCUGAUGUGCAGGAUAAUCAGUGUGAAGAUGCCUUCGUUUAUGUAACGGAUGUCUGGCGCUUCGGUAUUGUCGUCUACAGUUUGUCUAAGAAUCGUAGUUGGCGUGUAACAAACUAUAACUUUAAUCCGAACCCUAUUGCAUCCGAUUUUAAUGUUUAUGGUUUAAAUUUCCAGUGGUUGGAUGGCGUUUUUGGCAUGAGUCUGACACCAACCACUCAAACAGCGCAUUCCUCUAGUGAGCGCACAUUAUAUUUCCAUCCAAUGGCUAGUUUUAAGGAAUUUGCUGUUUCGACCAACCUGUUGCGAGAUGAAAAGCUAUGGCCGGCAAGCGCGCAAAGACUAUCAAAAUACUUCGUUGAAGUUGGUGAUCGCGGAUAUCUCAGCCAAUCAUCGGCAGCUGGUAUCGCACGCAAUGGUGUAAUGUUUUACACACAGGUCCAUCGCGAUAAUAUUGGUUGUUGGGAUACAACCAAGCCAUAUGCGCGUGGCAAUUUGGCUAUGCUGUUGGGUAGACGGCAAACAUUGGUGCAAUUUCCCAACGAUUUGACAGUAGACCAAGAACCAGAGCAAAGCGUAUGGGUAAUGAGCAAUAAACUGCCGAUCUAUUUGUAUGGGCAGUUGGAUUACAGCAAAGUGAAUUUCCGUAUUUUGCGCGGUGGUGUAGAUGAUAUUGUGCGAGGCACAAUAUGCGACACACAAGUGCAAGAGUCACUCUCUAACGUCCCUGUUCUAGUGCAGUUACAGGAAGGACAGUGUUACUGAGGCUGCAAUGAUGUUAUUGAAUCCACAGAAUGGUAAUGAAUGGCAAACAAAAACGAGUUAGAAUUGAAUACCAAUGUAUGAAAACCUACAUAUCAAAGAUAUUGAAAUAAAAUCGUUUAAAGAUAAACAUUGA